AUGGUGCCGCGAUCAGCGAAUCGCUUUCCCGCGCGUCGCGAGCAGGGGCUGCUAGACGCGACUUUGCCAUCAAUUGCGCCCGAGUUGUUUGUUUGUUUGUUGACCAUGGCCGAACGAACAACUCCUCACAGGAUACGGCGCAGCACUACCAAUCGCCCGACGGUGAAUGCGAUAAUCCCAAGCUUUUGCGCUCCGGCACUCAACGCCCCCAAGCUGGCGAUCACACACGUACCAUCAUCACCCCUCCAUGCGCAGCGAGAAGUGAACCACUCGAAUUACGUCAGGGCGCGCAGUUCGUCAGUGCGUAUUUCGCAGAGCAGAGGGGAGGGGGAGGAGAAGGAGCACGCGGGUGGAUUUAGAUUCAACAUGCUGGUCGGCAAAGGAUACUCUUGGAAGGCUGCCAAAGCUCGACUACCGCCACCGCGGCACGUCAUACAUACAGUACGGAGUGCAAGAUUUCUUUUGCCAUUGGCUCUCAUCACGGCAAUCAUACUGCUAUGGCGCUCAAUGGGGCCGGCUGCUGGAGAGAUGCAGAGGUUCUACUGCUGGGGCCCUUCCAAGCCACCGAUGCUCAUGACGCCAAACGAAAUGGUAGAAUGGCACGCCCACCUCAACACCCCCGUGGUAUUCAACCACCACAAACCGAUUGAAGUGAACAGGAGCGACAUCGAGCACGUCAACCUCAACCUCAUCAAAUCUACCCCCGACGCCGUCCGGAACCAAGAGCGUGUCUUGAUCCUGACUCCUCUCCGAGACGCUUCCUCCUACCUCGCGACACACUUCGACCUCCUGUCCCAACUCACAUAUCCGCACGAGCUCAUCGAUCUAGCGUUUCUAGUCGGUGAUACCACGGACGAAACAAUGGCUAUGCUAGCAACCGAGCUCGAGAGAGUGCAGACUAACCCCGAAGUCGCCUUUCGGUCCGCUAUGAUUGUGGAGAAGGACUUUGGUGUCGUCCUUGCCCAGACUGUGGAGGAGAGACAUCGUUUCGAAGCACAAGGUCCAAGGAGGAAAGCCAUGGCCAGAGCGAGAAACUAUCUUCUGGCAACUGCGCUGAAGCCGGAGCACAGCUGGGUGUAUUGGAGGGAUGUGGACAUUACGGAUAGUCCGGCGAAGAUUAUCGAGGACUUUGUGGCGCAUGAUAGAGAUGUGCUUGUUCCAAACAUCUGGUUUCACAGAUACAGGGAAGAGAACGGCAAGAUGGUCGACAUCGAAGGUCGAUUCGACUACAACUCCUGGCAAGAAUCUCCCGAAGGUCUCAAACUCGCUGCCUCUCUUGAUAAAAACAUCAUUCUCGCAGAAGGCUACAAACAGUUCCCCACAAACCGUCGCUACAUGGCACUAAUCGGCGACUACCGCGCAAGCAAAGACGAGGAAAUGCCUCUCGACGGCAUCGGCGGCGUCAACAUCAUCGUGAAAGCAGACGUGCACCGUUCAGGGAUCAACUUCCCAUGCUAUGCGUUUGAGAAUCAAGCGGAGACGGAGGGAUUUGCAAAGAUGGCGAAGAGAGCGGGGUAUGGAGUUUAUGGGCUGCCAAAUUAUGUAGUUUGGCAUAUUGAUACAUUCGAGGAGCCUGGAAAUCUUUAGUGGUCUGGAGCAGGAUGAGAAGACACGGUAUGAUCAUGAACUCUACUUUUGUCUGUCAAAGUGGAGAAAAGUAAUAGGCAUCUACUGGAGUUUGGCGUGUCACAUUACAUUUAGAAGGCACUGGGCAUCUGGCGACAGAUGGGCGUUUCUGCAUGUGAGUCUCAAGAAGAGAUUUGUACAUAUGAUAUGAAGCAUAUGAAGAGAUGACGGAUGAAUGGUUGGCCUGGGAACUGAAGUGUUCCAUCUCUACAAUUCGAAUCCCAUUUCUGCUCCUCUACGCUUGUUCACAGCUUGUUUUCCGCUACACAAAAACAUGUGGG